CCUCCCUGUGUUGUCCGCCGCAGCUGUUCCGUUGGAGGUCCGGCGUGGGGACCGGGUCUGCGCAGCCAUCCUCGCUGAGUGCUCUGCAUGAGACUCUCACAAAAGUCAGCAGAACCACAUCCCAUGCACAGACCCCGCACCGCCAAGACCACUGGGCCGAGCCCCCUGCAAGCCUGCUGUGCCCCUACCUGCUGAAGCCCCGCUGUGCCCCUAUCAGCUGAUUACUGGGUCCCUGGGAAGCGCCCCUGUCUGCUGAAUGUUGGGCCCUAGGGAAGCCGUCCUCUCUGCUGAUCACUGGGGGCCCUGGAAACCGUCCUGUCUGCUGAUUGUUGGGUCCCGGUGCACACAGACCACCCGUGUCAUGAACUUUCCCUGUUGUGCGCACAGACCACCCUUGUCUGAACUGUCCCUGUUGUGCGCACAGACCACCCGUGUCCUGAACUGUCCCUGUUGUGCGCACAGACCACGUAACCGUGUCAUGAUGAACUGUCCCUAUAUGUGCACACAGACCACUCGUGUCAUGAUGAACUGUUCCCUAUUGUGCACACAGACCACACACCCUGUCAUGAACUGUCCCUAUUUGUACGCUCAGACCACCCUUGUCAUGAGCUGCUCCUAUUGCACGCCCAGGACUACCCUUACUUGAACUGCACCAGGGCGUGCCCAGACCCCCCUAGUCAAGGUCCCUGCUG